AUGCCCGCCACACCCCCGCGCGUAGCCCUCAUAACGGGCUGCUCCGAGCCGACGAGCCUCGGCGCGCACCUCGCCCUCGAGCUCAAGCGGCGCGGGUUUAGGGUGUUCGCGAGCGCGCGCAAGCUGUCGACGAUGGACGCGCUCAAGGCCGAGGGUCUGGACACGAUCGAGCUCGACGUCGUCAGCGCCGACUCGAUCGUGGCCGCGCUGGCGCAUAUCACGGCCGAGGCCGGCCGCCUCGACGUGCUCGUUAACAAUGCAGGCAUAUCCGGCCUCGCGCCCCUCCUCGACACGGACAUUGCGCGCAUGAAGGCCCUGUACGACGUCAACGUCUUUGGCCCGCUGGCCAUGGUGCAGGCGUUCGCGGGGCUGCUGUCGGCCGGCGCGAAGGAGGCCGGGCGGGACAGCGUCGUGAUCAACGUCGGCAGCGGGUCCGUGAACGGCUUUCCGUGCCUCGGGGCAUAUGGGUCGUUCAAGGCUGCGUUGCAGAUCAUGUCCGACGUGCUGCGGCGCGAGGUUAAGAGCCUGCACAUUCGCGUGAUCACGCUAGAGCUUUACGGCGUGCAGACGGCCAUGGCAGACGGCCACAAGACCUUCGACAUCACCCGCGCGACCCUCUCAGGCUUCUACGACACGCCGACCGUCAAAGAAAAGGCCAACACACUCUUCUCGGAGCGCAUGGCCAACAACCCCACCUCACCGCAGGUAGCCAAGCAGCUCGCGGACGCCAUCCUCGCCUCCAGCCCGCCGCUCAAGAUGUGGGCCGGGGGCGAGGCUCUGCCUGGGCGGUUCGUGAUGCCUGCCCUGCCGGUUUGGGUUAUGGACAGUAUUGUCGCGCGCAUGUUUGCCAAGAUUCUGUGA